AUGAAGCUUUCCGCUACUGCCGUUGCCGCUAUUUUGGCAUUCACCAAUCCAAUCUUUGCUGUGCCCGUCGUUGCUGGCGUCGCUAUGGGUGCAGCACCACAUGAGGCUGUUGAACCGGUGCAGCACCUGGCACCACACAAUGUCAGGGACCUCCCCCUACCCAAGGAGGGCGAAGACCUGCCUCUGCCACACGGUCCCCAUGUGAGGGACGCACCACCUCCAAAAGACCACAAGAAGCCAGGAGGCCGUCCCCACCCCAGACAAGCGCCACCACCCAGAGGUCCGAAAGAGCCUCAUCCGGGCCAUCUCGCAAGAGAAGCUCCACCGGCUGCCAAGCAAUACAAGCAAGCUCAGCCACCGAAGCCUGUUGCGAGAGACCUUCCGCCUCAGAAGCAUGCAACACCACAGCCUCCCCUUGGACCGCACGCAAGAGAUGCUCCGCCAGCCCCUAAGCAUAAGGAGCAGCCCUUGCCGACUGGGCCUCACGAAAGGGAUGUGCCGCCGCCCAAAGAAGGAGAACCACGACCUCAACCGGGCCAGCAGCCUAGAGAUGUCGCACCACCGACCGGGGACAAGCCAGCGCCACCACCCGGUCCUCAACCCCGAGAUGUUCCACCUUCAAAGGACGGCAAGCCAGCACCUCCGCCAGCCCCUCAGUCCAGAAGCGCGCCACCACAAAAGGACGGCAAGAUAGUACCCCCACCGGCCUCUCAUCAAGCAAGAGAUGUUCCUACGCCGGAGAACGACAAGCCUGUGCCACCACCGCAAGAGAAGCCGGAGCCUCGUGCCGCUCCGAGCCCUCCAAAGAGUCCCCCACAGCCACCGAUCAGCCACCCACAAGUGCGUGAUAUCAAGCAAGAGAAGCCCGCUCCUGGCCCAGACGCACCAAGACCACAAGGCCCAGCACAACCUCGCGAUGUUGGACCCGAUGUCCCUGCUCCCGGGCCUGUCGGACACAAGCCUGAUGCCCCAAAGCUCAAAGACGCCGGCAAUUAA